AUGAACCAGAAUCUGACGGUGGCCAUCAACCAAGGCCAUCUUUCUAAUCAGCGGUCACAGUCCGUGGUGGACAUGUCGCACAUUUCGACGGCCCGAAAGCAGUCGAAAUCCGGCACGUCCACACCCCGAGGACUGCCGCGCACCAUGUCCACGUCCAACAUCCCCCAGCAGCGCAUCUCCAAGCCCAAGACCAAUGUCUCGUCAACCAAUGUCAAGGCUGGCGCCAACACAGUUACGGCCGACGACAAGCCUACGUCGUGCACAAACUGCCACACGCAGACCACGCCGCUGUGGCGACGUAACCCUGAGGGUGAGCCGUUGUGCAACGCCUGCGGUCUGUUCCUCAAGCUCCACGGAGUUGUCCGGCCUCUGUCGCUCAAGACUGAUGUGAUCAAGAAGCGAAACCGAACCAACGGAACCAAUGCAUCUUCGUCGGGGACCGGUGGAGCCAGCACAAACACGCCUAGUCCGGACUCGGCCAAGGAGACCGCGUCCACAGCCACUCGCAAGGGGGGAUCCAGAUCUCGUUCUCGGAAGAAGGAGGAGGCGACCGUCAAGGGAGAUACUGCGCAGAGCACGCCAACCCAGCCGUCGACACAAGAAUCGCCCGUGGGCAUCGUCCCCAACAAGACGGAUUCCGAGGAGCUUAAGAUGUUUGGAGCUGCCAACGUCGAGGAGAGAGACGGACAGUGGGAAUGGCUGAGCAUGGCUUUAUAG